CAACAGUGUCUCAAAGAGUCCGUGACGACCGAGUGACCGAUGCUUCAAGCAGAGCGGAGAGAUGGAACUGCCUGAACUCUACGCUGGCGCGAGUCCGUUCCAAAAACGUGACGCUGUGCACGUACUUACGCAGUACCUUCCUCAGUUCGAUUGGGCGGAGGGCGACUCCGUUUUGGACUUCGGUUGUGGUGAUGGUGACCUGACUGAGUAUUUGGCCCGUUGCAUCCCCAGGUGUGCGUCGUUGACGGGCAUAGAUAUUUCAAAGAAAAUGAUAGACUACGCCAGGUGCCAUCACCAAGAGCAUGAUUUGCGCCUUGGAUUUCAGCAAGUCGACAUCAUGAAAUCUAUUGACGCCAGAGAUGUAUUUCCAGAUGGAUUCGAUAAGAUAUUUUCUUUCUAUUGUCUCCACUGGAUCAAAGACCAUCAACGGCUAAUGGAGCAUAUGUACGACAUCCUCAAGCCAGGCGGGGAUAUCUUGUUGGUAUUUUUGGCAUCCAAUCCUAUUUUUACCAUGUACGAACGCAUGGCAGAACGGACGGAGUGGGCCGAAUACAUGAAGGAUGUUGCUGAUUAUGUUCCUCAUUACCAGUACGCUGCUCGACCAGCUGAAAUGUUUUCUUCUAUUUGUCGCUCAGUUGGUUUGCAGGUGGUCGAAUGCACGGCCCAGGAAAGGAGCUUUUCGUUUCAGAAUAUCAAUAUUGUUAAGAAUGCGGUGGCUGCUGUCAACCCGUUCCUUCGUCGGGUCCCUGUUCGACUGCGCGAGAGCUACCUUCUGGAUUGUUUGAUGGAAUUGCAGAAAUUAAAGGCACCAUCUGCAGAUGAAACAACUGUUGCAAGUUACCGUUUGAUGAUUGCGCACGUUCGCAAACCAUAAGCGCAGGAUGGCUGUUGAGACUUGUGGAGGGGGCAAAACCCGGAAGGCUCCCAUAAGACAAGUGCUAAAAUAGCAAAAAACAAAACAAAAAAAACAAAAAACAAAAAAACAAAAAAAAAUUAGUUAUCUCAUAAUCCGCAUCAAGGUGAGGUAAGAUGAUGACGAAUCUAAUGGCAAACCGGUGCUGUUACUGUAAAUAAGGUUUGGGUGGUUAUGGGAUGGUUACAGCCAAUGGCUGCAGUGAGUGAUUCCAGUGACAAAGAGAGCUUUAAAACAUUAAAGAAUAAAAAACAAAAACAAAAAAACAUUGCGGUACAGUACGUGUUCGAAAUGGAAAUAAUGAUCUCGUUUUCGGGGUCCGAACGGUAUGGAUGGAUUUUUCUAGAUUUGCAUAAAGGGCGGUCGAUGCGGAUUUGUAGUCACGCAGUAGUAAAAACCUCAAUACUCCCGGUUCACUGAAAUCAGCAAAAAACAAAAAGAUUAGAUGUACAAUACGUACUCCGUGUAGUACGUAACAUUUGGAAUUUCAGAUUAAUACAAGUAUGAUCCACA